CAAACUUCUCUUACUUUAAUUGUCAAUAYUCUUUGUUUAUCCAUCCUUAUUUUCACCUUAAAUCAACAAAAUGAUGUCUUGAAAUAUUCCUGAGAAAUGGCAGCAGUAGAUUUGAUUUUGAAAACGCUAAUGUGCUCAAAAGAGUUCUGUGAAGCAGACGAUAAAAAUUGGGAUGCGGUAGCGAAGCUCAUUCCGGGAUCAACAGCUCAGCAGUGCUGCAAGCGAUGGAAAGAGCUUCAAGCUCAUCUACCACUUCAGUACAAAAUGUGUGGUUUUCCAAGCCAAUCAAGUGGCAUUCAGCAAGUUAUUUCCAAGUUACUCAAAUAUGACUUGAUAAAUGACAGCAAAUCAAAAACAAAGAAAAAGUGUAAUAGUACAAAACAAGCUUACAACUCUAUGACAAAGCAAUCUGUUGAACAAGAAGACAACGAUGGAUCAGAAAAGCAUAGCUUAAUGAAAGGUCAAGGCAUCUCAAGUCCAGACCAGCAGAAAACACAUUCAAAGCAGUUCUUUCCUCAAAAGACUCAGUCAUCUGGAAGAGAAUCUGUUAUGUCACAAGGUCCAAAUAUGGUGAUCCAUGUCUGUGAUGAAAGCAAAAACUUAAAACAAGACUUCAACUGCCCAAGAGACCUACUUAUUAGAGAGAUGCGCUACUUUGCAGAGUAUUUAUCAGUAGAGGCACAGAGAUGGGAAGAAGUUGACAUUUCUGUUCAUUGUGAUAUCCAAAUAUUUGACUGGCUGAUGAGAUAUGUUAAAAAGGGUAUUGGAGAAAAAGGCAAAGAGAAGACACAGCCUCAAUUAGAGCCAAACAAUGUCAUCUCAAUACUGAUUUCCUCUGAUUUUCUUAAAAUGGACAGUUUGGUCACUGAAUGUGUUGAAUAUUGCCAUAAAAGUAUGUCAGCCAUUGUGGCAACUCCUUGUAAUAUGAACUGCAUCAAUGACAAACUUGUCACCAG